AUGACGUCGUCAGCUAUACUCAUCAACGGGUCGAGCGACUCCGGUGAGAAUUUUCUGGCGAACAAAAACGGGUGGGGUCGCUUCCUUCUCCUCCUCCUCACACGAGCCGGCGAGUCCAAGCGGUCCGAUUUCCGGUCACCGGGUCUGAACCCAGGCCCAUCUUCUUCGACGGCUGAGACGCUCACAGACGAGGGAUCGGGCCCCUCAAACUCCUCGUCACCGUAUCUGGGCCUCAUCCUCCUCAGGCCCAAUAUCAGCUCCCGGCCCACUUCACUCGCAUUAUACGUCCGUGGGUGGCCGUGGUAA